AGGCGGAAGUAGUUCCUGAACGUGAAGCUCUUCUCUCGGUCCGGUUAGGCUGCRCUGCCAACUGAAAGCACGUCCUGCUCUCYGCGCUUUUCUUUUAGAAACUGUCUCUAUCCAGCGGCCGCCUUUCGUUUCCCUCAGCGCCACCAAGAUGCCUCUGGAGUUUGAGCUGUGUCCCGGACGACCCAUCGGAGGAAAACAUCCGUGUUUCAUUAUAGCUGAGAUUGGACAGAACCACCAGGGAGACCUCGAGAUCGCCAAGAAGAUGAUUAAAAUGGCAAAGGACUGCGGUGCUGACUGCGCCAAAUUCCAGAAGAGCGAGCUGGAGUACAAAUUCAAUAAACAAGCCCUGGAGCGUCCGUACACCUCCAAGAACUCCUGGGGCAAAACCUACGGCGAGCACAAGCGCCACCUGGAGUUCAAUCAUGAUCAGUACAGGGAGCUGCAGAAAUACGCUGCAGAGGUGGGGAUCUUCUUCACGGCCUCGGGGAUGGAUGAGAUGGCAGUAGAGUUUCUCCACGAGCUCAACGUGCCUUUCUUCAAAGUUGGAUCCGGAGACACCAACAACUUUCCUUAUCUGGAGAAAACGGCCAAGAAGGGCCGUCCCAUGGUGGUGUCCAGUGGGAUGCAGUCGAUGGAGACGAUGCGUCGCGUCUACAAGACGGUGAAGCAGCACAACCAGAACUUUGCCAUCCUGCAGUGCACCAGUGCGUAUCCUCUGGAGGCUGAAGAUGUCAACCUCAGAGUCAUCGCGGAAUACCAGAAGGAGUUUCCCGAUAUUCCCAUCGGGUAUUCCGGUCACGAGUCUGGAAUCAGCAUCUCGGUGGCAGCUGUGGCUCUGGGAGCGAAGGUCAUUGAGCGUCACAUAACCUUGGACAAGACGUGGAAGGGGAGCGACCACGAGGCCUCGCUGGUCCCCUCUGAGCUGGCGGAGCUGGUCCGCUCCGUCCGUCUGGUGGAGCGGGCGCUGGGAAGUGGCGUCAAGCAGAUGUUGCCCUGCGAGAAGGCGUGUCACGACAAGCUGGGCAAAUCCGUGGUGGCCAAGGUGAAGAUCCCCAAGGGAACGGUCCUGACGCUGGACAUGCUGGCGGUGAAAGUGGCGGAGCCCAUGGGCGUCCCGGCAGAGGACAUCUUCCAGCUGGUUGGGAAGACUGUGACGGAGGAGGUGGAGGAGGACAACAGUGUCCUGCCGGAGGUGGUGGACAGCUACGGCAAGAAGGCCAAGUGUUGAUCACAGCAGAUGGUUGAAACUGGKUUKAAA